AUGUCUGCUUCCUGGUCACGCCUCGCUUCCGCCUGGGCUCCGGCGCCGGUCACCACUGGUGAUGAGCCUCCCUUGCCUCUCCUCCCCCCUGACCCUCCUGAUCCUGCCCUCUCUCCUCACCUUUCCCCUGCUCAGUACCCUCCUCUGUCCUCUCCCCUUCCUGUUUCUAAUUCCCGUAACUCAACUGUUCCUUCAGGACGCAAAUCUCGUAGGAACCCUCUCACUGACUCUGCGACUUCUGAUACUGAGAUGGAACAAGCCUCCCCUCCUUCGGUGGAGCCUGUUGUUGCCUUUCUUGAAACUAGAUCUGGAACUACUGUAGCAGCCACUGUUACAGAAAACUUCACUACCAUUCUCCCAUCAGAAAACUCCCCUCUCCUAACCAAUAGAGCCUCUUCCCUCUCUAACCAUCCUCUGCCUCCAGUCCAAACUUCUAACCCUCUCUCUCAUCCCAAACCUGUCUCUGGUCAACCCCCUCUCCUCCCUAACCCCGACCAUAAUACUUCAGCUCCUACUCCUUCCUCCAAUAUCCCUCCCCCUGUUACUACUAAAACCUCUUCAAAAGAGCCGCCUCUUGUGGAAAGGAUUCGGCGCUUCGAGAACAAAUCACUUGAACGUCUAGCUCCUAAAACCAUAUCCGCUUCUGGUCGUCCUACUGUUGAAAUUCCUGAUGAAGUCUUUCAGCAAGGGGCUGAACUCCAUAAAGACUUCAUAGUGUGUUAUUUCAACGGUCGCUCUCCUCCCUACAGUCAAAUCCAAAGUGUUCUCAAUCAUAUGUGGGGGAAGGGUCGGAAAUUAGAGAUCCACAACAGCCCCUUGUCGCGCACUGUCUUAGUUAGAGUACCUAAUGACUACUUAAAGACAAAAAUUCUUGAAAAAGGAUACUGGUAUGUUGGUGACUCUAUGUUUCAUACUGCGCAAUGGACUUCAGCCCACUCCGCUGCUCCCCCAUCCUUCAAGUCAAUGCAAAUUUGGGCGCAUCUCACUGGUGUGCCGCUUGAUCUCCGUCAUAGAGUUGGUCUGAGUUUGGUAGCGGGUCUGGUAGGGGAACCUAAAGAAACGGACGACUUCACAAAGAAUCUUGUUAGCCUCACUCUCUCCCAUGUCAAGGUUGAGGUGGAUCUCACAAAGCCUCUCCCGGAUGUUGUUGAGUUCACACGCCAAUCAGGAGAAGUUGUGGAAGUUCUGGUCUCCUAUCCUUGGCUUCCUCCGUCAUGUUCUCACUGUAAAGAACUGGGUCAUAUAGCCAAAAACUGUCUUCAGUUGCCUACCCCGCCUAAAGAAGACGUUGCUCCUAGAAGCAAAAACAUGGCUUCUUCUUCGUCUGCUCCAGAUGCUAAAACUCCAUCAAAAACUCCAAAAAAAGGUCAAACCCCACGACUCUCUGCUUCUCAAAAAGGCAAGAGUGUGGCAAAGGACUUGUCUCUGGAAAACGCUUUUGUUGCUCUCUCAGACUCUCAUCAUCAGCUCCCUUCAUCCGCCCCUUUAAACAGUUCCCUCAAUCUUCCGCCUAUCCCUCCCCCCCGACCUAUAGUCCCUGCUUCUCCUCUCCCUCCCCCUGAUCCUUUAGCUCCUCUGAACCUCCCUCUCCUCCCCUUCCCUGUUAGCCCUCCAAUAACCUUUAGGAGACCCUCUCAUAAACGGUCCCGCUCAGACCCUUCUUUUGACUCCCCUCCCUCCUCAAACUUCUCCUCUGCCUUGGCUUCUCUCCACCCUGAAACCCCCCCCUCUAGUUCCUCCAUUCCCUUCCCUGACCCUAACUGUCUUGCCCUUUUGUCCUCUGAUGUCUCUUUUCCCAAAGAGGCUUCAACCCCUAUCUAA